CGAGAACGCCGUGGCUUGAAACUUUGAUCCUUCUCUCAUGCUGUUGGCUUCAGGAGGCGUUGGGUAAAUGUAUGACUUACGUAUCUUUAUCGGUAUCGGCAACAUGUCCGUUCUUCAAGGUUCUCCAUAUCUUUUUUGGCCCUCUUUCUUUUACUUACUGUAGGGUCUACCACAUCAGCAGCUGUGGAGCCCGACUGGCCCGUCUUACAGAUUUCCCAUCCCCAUGCAUUCCCCGGGACAUGGAUAAGACAUCGACUUUAGGCUUGUCCUUCUUCAGCUCAAGGGUUACAGGGGAUCCUCGUUGAGUUCAUCACUUGUCUAUUGUACCCUCCCACACCCCAUGUCAUAAGCAUAAGCGCCAAUAUCACCACCAUCUGUCUUGUUCUGUCCGUGUUCCUCUUUGGGUAUACGCAUGCCAUGCCAUGCCCUCGCCUCUCAGUCUCCCCGCGAGCCAUAUUACAUCCAGAUCUACUCCCCCCUCCUUUACAUGCUGGUCUUCCUUUGUGCCGGGUUCUUGGUUAGACUAAUUAUUACUUACUUACUUCUUACUUUUAUCUUGCUUUCCCCCCUCGCCCCCGCCAUCAUCAUCUUGCUCGCCCUCCUCUUUGUUACGAUUGUGUAUGCAAUAGUGAUCUGCAGCAGUCUUCUUUAUAAACCCAAUCAUCCCCCUUGGUCACUACAUAGUUUCGUCCUUGCUUGCCACGCUUUGAUAUUGCACCUUUGUCCUGAGUGUGCAAUCAUUGGUAGUGUUGGUUGUUAUUAGACACAAGCCUCGACGCUUUGGGACUCGACCGUUGCGCAUACCAACGCUCCUUCUAUAUCGAGGACAAACAACCAACCAACCUUGCGCCGACUACCUUAUAAAGCACUGGACUCUACUUACAGCUCCCUCUUUUCAUCCAACAACACUUCAUCAUAAAUAUUGAGUAGACGCUGGGAGAAUGGUGGACUAUCGAUAAAACCGACUCUCCACCCUCACCACGGCUGGACCACGAGAACCACCAAUUUCUUGGUGAUUACUACCAAGACCCAAGUUAACUACCGUCCAAUUCUCUCGAGUCUCGAUACUUUCAUCAUGUCUUCCGCCGAACAUCUCUCAAACUCGCAGCUCCGCGCUCUGAGCAUCAUUGAGCGGACAUGUUCUGUCUUCUCAUUGCUCGGCUCACUCUUCAUUAUCGCCACAUUCUUGUCAUCCAAGGCCUUUCAUAAACCCAUCAAUCGACUGGUCUUUUACGCUUCCUUUGGCAACAUGAUGACCAAUGUCGGUACAUUAAUGUCAAGAUCAUAUAUAGGCUCACCAAAUUCUGUGGGCUGCCAAUUCCAGGCCUUUCUCAUUCAGAUGUUCAUGCCUGCCGAUGCCUUCUGGACCCUGUCCAUGGCCAUCAAUGUCUACCUGACAUUUUAUUUCAAGUUCGAUGCUCGAAGAUUACGGAAGAUGGAGAUUCCUUAUCUCAUCGGAUGUUACGGUAUUCCUUUCGUUCCCGCCUUCGUAUACAUCUUCAUCAAGAACCAAGAGGGGCACCGAAUGUAUGGUAAUGCCACACUCUGGUGUUGGGUGAGCAUGGAGUGGGAUAUCUGGCGCAUCAUCACUUUUUACGGGCCUGUCUGGGUUGUCAUUGCGGUUACCUUUUUUAUCUAUAUCCGUGCUGGUAGCACCAUCUAUCGCAAGCGACAGGAACUUGAUGAUUUUAGCUCUACCGAUCGAGAUCUGACUUAUGGGGCUGGAGAUCAUCUGGGAACUAUUAAGACAACAGAGGUUUCAGUCACCACAGAGGUCCUUACUCCGAAUGCGAUUCAUCUUCAGCCCAUGGGAGGCCGCCGAGCACCCGACCCUAGCGACCCUAGCUCUAACGCAUACUCGGUUCAUAUCUCAGCGCAGCCUAGCUCUGGGGACAUCGGGGACGAAGUUCUCCCUAUUGAACGACAACAAACACGGGCGAGUGUUCAAGUUCCUGCACAGCAGCAGCAGCGAUCAGGAGGCAAUCCCGCUCGAAGGAGGAAUCGAGAGCUUAGCAAUGCAGCAUGGCAAUACACAAAGUGUGCCCUGCUGUUCUUCACAGCCAUCUUGAUCACAUGGGUUCCAUCAAGCGCCAACCGUGUGUACUCAGUAUUCCACACCAAAAACUCAUCUGUACCUCUUGAGUUCAUGAGUGCUUUUGUACUCCCUCUCCAGGGCUUUUGGAACGCCCUCAUUUACAUGGUCACAUCCUGGAGUGCGUGCAAGAACUUGGCUACCGAUCUACGUAUGGGUCGAAGGCCGGAUGUGACAGAACUCGUCGGCGGCAUGGCACCAGAGGUCGGUGCCAAUAGCGCAAGGACAAUGACCAGCCACCAUCGACACAACCUCGGUCAGUUCCGACGAUCGAAUAAGUUCGAAACGGAAAGCAUGACUGAACUGGCCAACGAGAGCCGGCCGACUUCAGACGAUGAGCGGAGAGACAACGUGCGUGUAUAACAGUUCUAAGGGUCUGCUUGGAAACGAUGCUGCAGAUACCCUUUUCCUUUUGUUACUAUAUAUAAUGAAGACACGACUUUGAUGGUCAAGGCGUGCUCCAGACAGCUAGGAGGAGGUUGUUAGGAGGCAUUUGUUGGUUUCACCAGCGUCGAAAGAUGGAGGAUAAUGGAUACCCCAGUAUUGUUACAGACAGUAUUUGAAUGCUGAUAAAAGUCUGAGAGCCA